UCUUUCCUUUCCCAUAUUCCCAUACCCAGCUAGCGAGCAGCCGAGCACCUAUCCUCCUCCCAGCGACCACCGCGCGCUCUCUUCCGCCGCACCUUCAGGGCCUCAGGCUUCAAACCACACACAUGCGGCCGCUGUGGGUCGCCGCCUGGGCGUGCGCGCUGGUGCUGGCGUGGUGCGCGCGGCCGGCGGGCGCGGCGUGGUGCAUCGCGCGGAGCGGCGCGUCGGAGAAGACGCUGCAGCGGGCGCUGGACUACGCGUGCAGCCCCGCGGGCAGCGCCGACUGCGCCCCCAUCAUGCCCAGCGGGCUCUGCUACCUCCCAAACACCCUCGCCGCGCACGCCUCCUACGCCUUCAACUCCGUCUUCCAGCGCGCCCGCGAGGCCCCCGGCGCCUGCGACUUCGCCGGCACCGCCACCGUCACGCUCACCGACCCCAGUUAUGGAUCAUGCACCUACCCUGCAUCUCCAAGCACUGCCGGAUUACCAGGCACAUCCACGCCUAAAUCCCGAGACAACAACCACCAUCCUGACCUCGGCCCAGACGACUCCGGCGCCGGAGCUGACGCCACCGCCGCCGCCGCCGCGGCAUCUUUCCUGUCUCUGGCUCUGUCCUGUUUCCUGCAUUUGCACCUGCCGUUGUGGUGACACGAUAUAGAUUGUGUAGUUAGGUUUCCGGUAGAACAUUGCGCUGCUGCGUCAAAGAUGUAAGAAACCGCCACAGUUUUGUACGUUUUUUCUGGUAGUAGCUUCUGUAACCUACCCGGUCAAAGCCAAAAGGGCUAGAGUGGUAGACUCAUUUGGAUUAUGCUGAUUCAUUCAGUCGGUUCUUUCUUGUUUCGACAAUUCGAGUUCUCGGUUUCAUGUUUCCUAAUUUAUUUUGCAAGGAUGCGCUGCAGAA